CCUCAGUUGGUAUAGACUAUAGGUAGGUACGUAUUAGCUCUUAUAUAACUAUAUUUUACUCUAAGCUAAUAUGUUAUUGAAUAAUGCUGAAAUAAAUAAAUACAAGUAAUCAUUUAUCAUCUUCUACAUAUAUUUAAAAAAAUGUCUGCCUAAACUCGUAAGUCGUAUAACGUUUAUUCUAAUUUGCAAUAAUUGCAUAGGCUACUCCCCAAACUCGUCCAACGUGUAUACCUAUAGAAAAAAUUGUUCUACCGAAUAAAAUUUGUCGUCUUGUCAGUGAUCGUCAAGUUGAAAUCGUACAUUGUGAAUUGUGAUAUUUAAUUCUUAUCUUCUAAAGUAAGAAGCUUAUUAGUUAUUCACUUAUUAUACUUAUUAGUAUACUAAGUGUAUACGGAAAAGACAAAUCCUAAAUUUGGAUUUUGGCAUAAUUAGGCGGGACGCAUGCGUUAUCGUGUAUGUAGUAGGUAAUUUAGUUAACAAUAAUUACGUGGACAACAAUAUGGUACCAAAUCGAAACAAAUCACUCCUUGUAAAUCGUAAUGUAAUAAAGACUGAAAAUUAUGAAGAAGCAUACCGUCGAUCUUUAGAAGAUCCUGAAGGUUUCUGGGCUGAAGUUGGUGCCGUAGUCGAUUGGUACAAGCCCUGGGAUAAAGUUUUAGACAAUAGUGCUCAACCUCUAACUGAUUGGUUUGUAGGGGGACAAAUAAAUGCAUGUUACAAUGCAGUCGAUCGUCAUAUAAAGGCAGGCAAGGGUAAAAAAGUCGCAUUAAUUCAUGACAGCCCUGUCACAAAAUCUGUGACAAAAAUUACUUACGAAGAUCUUUUUGAAAAAGUAUCAUUGUUAGCUGGUGCUUUGGUAAAUCUAGGUGUAGUAAAAGGUGAUCGUGUUUUGAUUUAUAUGCCUCUUAUACCUGAAGCUAUUAUUUCAAUGUUGGCUGUGGUUCGAAUUGGAGCCGUUCAUUCUGUGGUUUUUGGAGGAUUUGCAGCUCGGGAACUUUGUGCACGUAUCAACCAUGCCACUCCUAAGGUUAUAAUUGCAGCUAAUUGUGGGAUCGAACCGAACAAAAUAGUAAGGUACAAAGAUAUUCUAAACACUGCUCUUGACCGGGUAACAGAAAAACCUAAACAUUGCAUUAUAUACCAAAGACCAAACAUGGAACCUUCUCCAUUAACUCCAGGAAUUGAUAUACUUUGGUCCGAUGCAUUGUUGACAGCUAAACAUCAUCCAUGUGUACCAGUGGAAGCAAAUCAUCCUCUUUAUAUACUGUAUACAUCAGGCACUACAGAUAAACCUAAAGGAAUUGUGAGACCAACUGGUGGACAUAUUGCCACAUUAUGCUGGACAAUGAGCUGUAUUUAUGGUAUGACGGAAGAUGACGUUUGGUGGACUGCAUCUGACAUGGGCUGGGUAGUAGGACAUUCUUACAUAUGUUAUGGUCCACUUUGUGCUGGAAUCACAUCAGUUAUGUAUGAAGGUAAACCGGAUAGGACACCUGAUCCUGGACAAUAUUUUAGAGUAAUCCAAGACCAUAAAGUGAAUGGACUAUUUACAGCACCAACUGCUUUAAGGGUCAUCAGAAGAGAAGAUCCAGUUUUGGAAUUCGGUAGCAAAUAUAACACUAAAUCGCUAAGAACUCUAUUUGUGGCUGGAGAACAUUGUGAUCAUGAAACAUUGGCUUGGGCUGGAAAAGUUCUGAAUGUACCUGUCUUGAAUCACUGGUGGCAAACUGAAACUGGUCAUUCAAUUACGGCCACUUGUCUGGGAUUUGGACAUAAUCUAAAACCUCCUAUGUUUUCUGCCGGAAUGCCGUUUCCAGGAUAUGAUGUGAGAAUUUUAAAAGAAGACGGUAGUCCGUGCCAGCUAUUGGAAUUGGGUCGAAUUGUGGUCAAACUUCCAUUGCCACCAGGAGUUAUGUCAUGUUUGUACAAUGCCCCCGAACGAUUUAUUAAUACAUACUUCAAUAACUUUAUUGGUUAUUAUGAUACUAUGGAUGCUGGCUAUACCGAUGAAAAUGGUUAUAUAUACGUUACAGCCAGGGACGAUGAUGUUAUUAAUGUAGCUGGGCAUCGGCUGUCGACAUCUGCAUUAGAAGAUGUAAUUCUAUCUCAUCCGGACGUUGGCGAUGCAGCUGUAUUUGGUGUCCCAGAGACUACGAAAGGAGAAAUACCUUUAUGUCUUUAUAUCAAAAACAAAAAUUGUAGUAAAAAAGAAGAAGAUAUCAACAACGAAAUCGUACAAAACGUUCGAGAUUUAAUUGGACCGAUUGCAUCAUUCCAUUUGUGUGCACCUGUGAAAGGUUUGCCAAGAACUCGAUCGGGAAAAACAGCUAGAAAAUCAUUAUCAAAUUUAGCCAGUGGAAAAAGAGUGAUUAUAUCAGGUACGAUAGAAGAUCCAUCAGUAUAUUUGAAUAUCAAACAGGUGUUACAAAAACUUGGUUAUGCUAAAAAUGCUCCAGACCCUGAAAUUGAAAAAUAACAAAGCAUCUGUAACAAAUAUGUAAAAUUUAAUUUAUUUUAAAAUUUAAAUUUUUAUUUGAUUAUUUCAACAGUAGGUGCAGUAACAUAUUGUUAAAAUAUGUAUAAAAUAAACUAUAUAUACAUAAUAUAUAUUAUGUAAAAUCAAAAAAGUUAACAAAUUAUUAUUUCUAAUUGCUAUUAAUUUGUAGUGAUAUGGAAAUUAUGACAAAGGUGAAAACUACAAUCACUUUAGAUACCUACUAAAAAAAUAAGCUAUUAAAUAUUGCGUUAUAUAUUUAUUACCUAUGUAUGUAUAUAAUAUUAUUAUAAUCAUCAUACACUACAAUAAUGUUACUUAUUCAAGUCAGUGUAAAUUUAAGGAAAUCAAUAUCUAAUUAAAAACAGUAGGAAAGAAUCAUUUAUAUUUUAUUUAAUUACUAAUAGUAUAACACCGCAUUGGUCCAUGUGUGAUAAAAAUUGAGUUUUAAUAAUAUAAUUUCGGAAGUUGCAUUUUUAGUUGUGAAAUGUAUUAAAAUUAUGAAUUGCAUUUAAUAAUCUGCUUAAAAUAUUUAGGUAUUAAAAUCUUAGCAAGCACACAUUUAUAAUUAAUUAGUUUUUAUUAGAUAGCUAAUUUACACUAUUGUUAUCAUUACUCAUUAUUAAAAAUUAUAUCUAAGACUAUGAUUUAUCAAUAAAAAUUGUGUUUAAAAUCACGUUUUAUUAAUACGAAUAUAAUAUAAUUAAUUAUGAAUGCGUUUUUCAUGAUUUUAUUUGUAUUUAUGUGGUGAAUUAUAUUAAUAAUUAUACUAGUUGUAUGUACACUUUUUCCCUGGCACAAAUCGAAUUCUGUAAUCAAGUUGAAACAAAUUACCGAUUUUUACUAAAUACAAGUAUUAUACUCAGAUCAACUAAAAAAGAAAUUAACAACCCUUAAUUAUUAAGCAUGAUAUGAUUUCAUACGUAGAUAUCUAUUUAUUGGUAAUAAUUACUUUAAAAAUAUAUGUGUUUAGGA